AUGCGGCCCCAGAUUGAAGUACGCGUGGGGCGAUGCGCUACAAGCCUCGGACUGUCCCGGACCGGAUGGUUCACCAUAUCCAAGGCACCUGGUGAACAGGGCGUUGAAAUCAGGCCGUGGAGUCAGUCCUCAAGGCAGGGACGCGGUCUGAGGACGUUGGACCCCACCGUGAUGAGAAGAGCACUCCUGGAAGCCUACGAGGGCUACUCCGAGGGAGCGAUGAAGUUCCAAAGCGGGAAUAGAACGGCGCGAGCUAGUAACGUGCCGGCCUUGACAACCGGAAACGGAAAUGCCUGCGGCGGCGCCCGCCUCUGCCGGACCCGGUACAACACUACAGCGCCAAUGUACGGAGUUUCCCUGACAUCCGGUCAGCCGGUCACCAUUGUGCAGAAGUUCCCCGAUCUGCUGCAGCAGGUCGUCUUCGAGGUUUGCGAAACGAGUGAGUGCUCCCUAAUCCGUGGCACGUGCACGCAAACGUACGUGCCUUAUCUCUUCCUGGUGCUGCCUCUUGGUCCCGUCACCCUUACCGGCCAGGAUUAUGUUCUGGUGGAGUCCGGGUGCGUUUGCAAACCGGACCCUAUACCU